CACAUUAAUGCGUUCAUUAAUACAUGGUAUUUCUUGCCCCAGUGCUUCACCGCCAGUGAAAUGUACUUUGCCCCUCAGCAAGGAUUACUCCUGUGAGAAAAGAAAACCAUGUUUUACAAGGACAAGAUGUUUGUGUAGCGUCCUUAUAAUGUAAUUAGGCCUUCAGACCACCAGAGCUUUUAAAACAGUUUGUUGAGGAUUUCUUCAUCUUUCUUGUCGGAUAUGUCUGGAUUUCAAAUUAUUGCAUUGAUGUUUUGCAUUUGUGGAACCGGAGCAGCAAUUGGUGCAGUUGUUUCAAACGAAUGGAGAGUGACUAGCCGAGCCAGCUCUGUUAUCACGGCCACUUGGGUGUUCCAGGGCUUGUGGAUGAACUGUGCGGGAAAUGCUUUGGGCUCAUAUCACUGUCGACCUCACUUAACCAUCUUUCAUGUAGAAGGAUUUUUACAAGCCUGCCGAGCACUGAUGAUUGUAGCCAUAUGCUUGGGAUUCUUCGGCACAGUGUUUGCUUUUGUUGGCAUGAAAUGUACAAGAAUAGGAGGCUCUGAUCAAAUGAAAGCAAAAGUUGCCUUUUUGACUGGAAUACUAUUUAUAUUAUCAGGCAUAAGCUCGUUAGCUGGUUGCUCCCUGUAUGCACAUAAAACCACUGUGGAAUUCUUUGACCCUACACAUGUAACAGCAAAAUAUGAGCUUGGCACAGCACUGUUUAUCGGGUGGACUGGAUCUCUUCUCUGCUUGGUUGGAGGAUUCAUUUUUUGCUGCACUUCUUCAGCUCAACACAUUAUUUUAAGACCGGGAUUGUCCAGUAAGAUUUCCUAUAGCCAAGCUAAAGGGAUUACCAAACUGAAGGUGACCAGAGGAACCUCAGAGGAAUAUAACGCAAAAACCUUUGUCUGAAAUAUCUUGGUUGAACAGAAAGAAGCAGAAAAGAAGACUUGAUGCCUUUAUUCUACAAAUCUUAGAGUAUGCUAAGAGUGUAUCAAUACUUCCAUGAUGGGAACUCUUUUUUUGUUCUCUUUCUUACUUGUUCUGUAUUUCAGACUUUAGCCUUUCCUAUCAUUGCAGCUUAUUAGAUAUUGUACUUGUGACUCUAGCAAGUGACUAAAAUAGAGAAAAGGGGUAUUGACUGGAGACAAUGAUGUGAGUGGUGAACCUGAGGGAAGACAAAGAAAUCAGCACAAUUUUCUUUAAAAAUUUCAAAGUGGCACAUUUGGAGGAACUUGCAAGAGACAUGUUAGAUGGUUCUCUUUAUGCAACCUCCUGCCUGACAUACAUUUAUACCAAUAUUAUACAUGAGACUUGUCUGAGCCAAGCUCCUUAUUGCCGUAAAAAUGUUAUAAAACAGAAUAUAUUUAAAGAUUGUUUUCCACAUUUCUGGCACAGUUAUCAGAGUAUUCUGGUGCAUUUGCUUAGAACCCCCCCUCCCCCCUAGGCCUCCACACACACAUUAUGUACAGAAAAUAAGUUGCACAAUAUGAUAAACGGAUAAUUACAAAUGUUAUCAUUAAAGGCUAUAUAUACCUUUGGACGCAAUUUUUGUUUAUGAUUGCAUUUCACUCAUUUUUGUCUAAAAAUCAUAUUUUCAGUUGGCCUUUAUUAAAAAUAUUGAGCCAUUCUGUGACAAAGGGUUAACUGUUUUUCUAACUGUGUGACUGGUACUUUCACUUUCUGUCAGUGAUCCAUUAACCCUUAUCUGUAAAUUAUUAAGAGGUCAUAAAUGCUUAUUUAAGCCACAUUCUUAUCAGUAAGAUAAGAACUGAGCUAUGAGUGUUUAUAAGGUCAGAGAGCAGAGAUAAGAAGUCCGUCUCCUCCUCAGAUACAGCAUCUCAGCUAUGCACGCAAAA